GGGGCGCGUCGCGGCGAGUGUCCCCGCGCGGCGCGGCGCCUCUGCGACCUGGGCCGUGACUCGAGCUCUCCGAGGCCGGACCCGGGUCUGUCACCCGCGGCGGGGAGAAAGAGAGAGCGAGAAAGAGAGAGGAUGUCUCUCUCGGAUUGGCACCUGACAGUGAAGCUGGCGGACCAGCCGCUUGCCCCAAAGUCCAUUCUUCGGUUGCCAGAGUCUGAGCUGGGAGAAUACUCCCUUGGGGGUUACAGCAUUUCAUUCCUGAAGCAGCUUAUCGCUGGCAAGCUCCAGGAGUCUGUUCCGGACCCCGAACUGAUUGAUCUGAUCUACUGUGGCAGAAAGCUCAAGGAUGAGCAGACUCUUGACUUUUACGGCAUUCAGCCCGGGUCCACAGUCCAUGUUCUGCGCAAGUCCUGGCCCGAGCCUGAUCAGAAACCUGAGCCUGUGGACAAAGUGGCCGCCCUGAGGGAGUUCCGGGUGCUACACACAGCCCUGCACAGCAGCUCCUCCUACCGGGAGGCGGUCUUCAAGAUGCUCGGCAAUAAGGAGUCUCUGGAUCAGAUCAUCGUGGCCACCCCAGGCCUCAGCAGUGAUCCCAUUGCUCUGGGGGUUCUCCAGGACAAGGACCUCUUCUCUGUUUUUGCUGACCCCAACAUGCUGGACACGUUGGUCCCCGCCCACCCAGCCCUGGUCAAUGCCAUCAUCCUGGUUCUGCACUCGGUGGCGGGGAGCACGCCGCUGCCUGGGGCCGACGCCGCUGCCCGGAGCCUGCCCUCCAGCUCGUACCGGGACAUGCCAGGUGGCUUCCUGUUGGAAGGGCUCUCGGAUGACGAGGACGACUUCCACCCUAGCACCAGGUCCACGCCAUCCAGCAGUGCUCCCAGCUCCCGCCCGGCCUCACUGGGGUAUAGCGGGGCUGCCGGACCCCGGCCCAUCACCCAGAGCGAGCUGGCUACAGCCCUGGCCCUGGCCAGCACCCCGGAAAGCAGCUCUCACACACCAACUCCUGGCACCCAGGGCCAUUCCUCAGGAACCUCACCAAUGUCGUCCAGCGUCCAGUCAGGGACCCCCAUCACCAACGAUCUCUUCAGCCAAGCCCUCCAGCAUGCCCUGCAGGCUUCCGGGCAGCCCAGCCUCCAGAGCCAGUGGCAGCCCCAGCUGCAGCAGCUUCGUGACAUGGGCAUCCAGGACGACGAGCUGAGCCUGCGGGCCCUGCAGGCCACCGGGGGGGACAUCCAGGCGGCUCUGGAGCUCAUCUUUGCUGGAGGUGCCCCGUGAACCGUCUGUGCAUCCCAAGCCUCCUGCCCCCAGCCCGAGAGGGGGUCCCUGUGGUGGCCCCAUCUCCUCUCUCCCCAAUACACCUGAUGCUUGACCUUC